AUGAUGAUUAAGCCAUAUGUAAGACAAGGCGAGGGAGAGGAGGCCGCCAGCCCUCUGCAGUGGGUGGACGGAGACAUGAGCUCGCCUGAUGGAGAUGCAUCAGAUUCAUCACACCACUACAGAGAUGGAGGAGAUGAACAGGACAGGGAGCUGGGGAGCGAGGAUGCACACGAAGAAGACGGGGAGGAUGACGAGGAGGGACAGGGGGAUGAAAACGAGUCCAAACGACGUGGGCCAAAGAAAAAGCGCAUGACAAAGGCCCGGCAGGAGCGCUUCCGUGUGAGGCGAGUCAAGGCUAACGCCAGGGAGCGUUCCCGCAUGCACGGUCUGAACGACGCUCUGGAGAGCCUGCGCACCAUCAUGCCUUGUCACUCCAAAACACAGAAACUGUCCAAGAUCGAGACGCUACGGCUGGCCCGCAACUACAUCUGCGCUCUGUCCGAAGCCCUGGAUGGGGGCAUCUCCACAGAGAGCAGGUCCUUCAUGGACACCCUGUGUAAGGGCCUCUCACAGCCCACCAGCAACCUGGUGGCGGGCUGCCUGCAGCUGGGGCCGGGGUCUGGGCCCGGGAUGAGGCCUGAGGACAGACACAGGGUCCGGGCGGCGGCUGCUCCUCUCGGUGGCGUGGUGGGCUACUCCUCUCCUGGCCUGCCGAGCCCUCCGUACGGCACGUUUGACUCUGCUCACAUGCUUCACCUGAGGGCCAUGAAAGGAGGAGUUUAUGAGAAUCACUCCCCAAAUGAGUAUAAUGGCGGUGGUGUGGGGACCCCUCCGUACGAUGGCCCCCCUACACCGCCUCUGAGCAUCAGCAGCAACCUGGUGCCCAAACAGGAGCCGUCACCGCACUACCCCCCUCAACACCACUACUCCCCCUCCCCGGUGGAGCAGGGUCUGUAUCAGACUCAGACUGGCUACGACGUACACUUAGAGGGGCCGUAUGACUCCUACCACCCCCAGCACAUGCCCCCCCGACAGAUCACCUCCGUCUACAGAGACUAAGACGGAUCAGGAGUGUCGAUUCUGCUUCAAACCCUCAAUGAACUGAUCUGAUCCUUCAUGAACACUGACUGGCUGCAGGAUCAGUCUCUAUGCUUGUGAAGGAACCGUAGAAUAAAACAUGGUUUGCUAGCAUGUGUUGUGCACCUUAGCACGGCUGAAUAUGGUAAAAUUAGGAAAUUCAUUUGAAACCAAUACAUUUUUUUAAAUCUCUGAUUACCAAAUAAAUUAAGAACCUCCAAGGGUCUUUACAAGAAACGUAACAUUGACCAUUUGGACCAGAUGUCCUGUUACUGUGAUAAAAGCACUAAUUUAACUUUGGUAACAUCAGAUAUUCUACAUAAAUUAAAAGUAUUUUUAUUUAUUCUCUUAUUUAAUUCAGUGUAAAUGAACUUUGUGCUGAUGUGCAGUUGUGUGUCUGGUUUCCUUUUGUACAUAUUUGUGGUCAAUCUAUUAUAUUACUUUUGUGUCAUUUUCUUUGUUGUUCGUUACAUUAUUUCAUGUUUUGCACUCCAAACAAAUUCAGAUGUAGAAUUCCUAGCGCGGUGUAGUUGAUCUUCGGAAGCUGUUGUCUGAAGAAGAAAGAUGUAUUGAUUAAACAUCAAGAUUCAAGGAUCAAGGUGAAGAA